AUGGAUGUUAAUGUGAUCCCAAAUAAUAUGGAAAAAUACAUCUCAUUCUCACUGGGUAAGAAUCUGGUCUUCAUAGACUCUAUACAGUUCAUGGCUUCUUCACUGGAAGCACUGGUGAGUAACCUUUCACCUGAGGACUUCAGGAUAGUAGGUAAGAGGUGGAAGGGUGAGGACUUCAAUCUAGUGACACAAAAAGGAGUGCUCCCAUAUGAGUUCCUCGAUGAUAUUAGCAAACUCAAUACAGAAGGUCUUUCGAGCAAGGAUAAGUUCUACUCGUCACUGUAUGAGUCAGAGGUGAAGGAGGAAGAUUACCAGAGAGCUCUGAAAGUAUGGGAUCACUUCAAGAUGAAAACCAUGAGAGACUACCACGACCUCUACUUGGAGACUGACGUUCUUCUGCUGGCCGAUGUGUUUGAGAACUUCAGGAGAACAUGUCUGGAAAGUUAUGAACUUGACCCCGCACAUUACGUGUCAGCACCUAGUUUGAGUUGGGACGCUUUCCUGAAAAAGUCAGGUGGAGAAAUAGAACUCGUAAGCGAUAUGGAUAUGUUCCAGUUCUUCGAGAAGGAUAUGAGAGGUG